AUGAGAAAGAGCGCCGGACGAAUAAGAAAGCUUCAUCGAAGACGUCAAAAGGAGGAUAGGAUCAGCGAUCUCCCUGACGAAGUUUUGCACCGCAUCCUAUCCUCUCUAAGCACCAAAUCCGUAGCUCGAAUCAGUUUAGUUUCCAAAAGGUGGAGAUCUCUUUGGUAUUCGUCUCCUUACCUCGACUUCUCCGAUGUCAAUCCUCAAGUCAUAACCCAGAUACUGGAUCUUCGCCGAAAUGUUUUUUGUAUAAAGCUUUUUCGGAUGACGGGUAGUUUAGGUUUCCGGCGUUUUCUUGACUGCAUUGAUCGUGUCAAGAAGCAAGGAGUUAAAAAACUUGAACUCGAUAUCUGUUUGACAGAUCGGUCAAUUUUGCCGUUCCCAUCAUUUACGUGUGAUUCCUUGAGGAAUCUUAGACUGAGAGCUAAAUAUCGGUGGAACUCGUAUAACUAUUCGGACAUGAUACUCGAGUUUCCAACUUCAUAUGAUGCUGUUGCAGAGUCCCUUGGUUCUCUCCAUUCCUUAUCUCUAACUGGCCUUCACUUUCUGAACGGCUCGUUUGUUGCCGAUUUAUUCUCGGCCACUUCAUUCCCUGUCCUCAGGAAGUUAAGUCUGGAUAAUUGUACUGGAAUAUUGAUAAGUUUAAACGUUAGCUGCCCUGAACUGGAAGAACUGGAACUGCAUCAUGUGAUGAUAAAUGGCUUGAAUGUAUUUGGGACAAGACUAAAAGUCUUAUCUGUGAAACAUUCUCUCCAGAAUACUGACAAUAAUAGUUGGACCAGGAUCUCCGCAUCAUCACUUCAAACUUUCUAUUGGAAAGGGAAUGAGAUUACGGAGAAUUGUGCCAUAAUGAGCUUCCCAAAUUUGCGCAGAUCCUACAUUUCUUAUUUUCCAUUUUCUGCCAGAAAGAAAAAUAGCGCUAUUAACCUCGUAUCUGCUAUCUCUCGAAGUCAUCACUUGGAGAUUUCAUUUGAUUCUCUUGAGAUUUUUUCAACAAUAGGUUCCGCUGGGGACCUUCGAUUUUCGUUUAUAAAUCUCAGGAUACUGGAGCUCCAAUAUGUUCUGAUCAGCAGGGAUAGCAUUGCAGUAAUAGCAUGCUUACUCAUAAACUCUCCAAUGCUGAAGACCCUUAUAAUUGAGGCGCGGAAACAACGGAGCAACCCUAUGUAUAAUGAUGAAGGAUGGGAUUCACACAUUCAUUGUUUUGGGCUUCUGGAUCACUUAGAGGUAGUGAAAAUCACUGCAUGGGGUUGUCAAAGAUACGAAAAAGGUGUCCUUGCUAUCACAAGGUUUUUGCUUGAGCAUGGGAGAGUCCUGCGGGAUAUGACUAUAAAUUUAGAAGCCUCGUCCAACUGGCGUUCCAUAUUUAAAUCUUUCACAAGGAAAAUUAGCAAGGCUCAUGGUUUGCCGGUGCCACCAGAUGAAAAUUAG